UCCGGCGCGCGCAACUCAAUUCAGGAAGAACGUCGAGGAAAGUCUUUAGAACUCACACACAAAAUUACACUAAACGUUCAGCUGAAAAUGUCAGAGUCUACACAUGUGUCCUCGCUUGGGAAGGGUGACAGUUUGCAUUUUCAGGUUCUCUCCUCCUUCCCUCUGUGUGACAUUACAGAGGAGGAUCUGACCCAGAACCCUCAGUUCUGUAAACUCCUGGCCAACCUGGCACAACAUGUAGACCAAACUGGACUCAUUGUCCCUCUGAAAUCAGAGCUGGAAAAGGCUGAGCAGAAGCUUCAGAGCCAGAGGCGUCACUGGCUGCGCUCCGUAAGUCUCCACAAAGGACUGCAGGAGAUGAUCCAGGACCACUGUAUCAGGAAGCACCAUGUCACCAUACCCCCUGACCAAAACCUGUUCUAUGAGACGCUGGAGAAGUGUCUGCUGGUGGCUCAGUGUAUCAGACAGCUGGAUCCCAGUAGCACUACCAACCAGGACCAGCCCUCUGUUCUGGGUCUGGACUCCCAACAGUUGAUGGACCUCAUGCCAUCAGAGAAGAAUGUUCAAAGAAUGAAACAGGCUCUUCCUAAAGAGCUGGAGAAGCAUCUGAAGAAAAGCUGCUUUAGCCUCCUCUCUUACUAUCAACCUGAAUGGGAGAAUGAGAGUGAGGGUCUGAAGACCAGCAAGCUGUCUCAUCUGGCAGCCCAGUUGGACAAAGAGAAAAAAAGAGCAGAGCGUCUGAAGGAGACCUGCCGGGAAAACACAGUCCUCAUGCAAAGACAGGCUCAACUCUACCUCUCUGAACUGAUUAAGUGUAUUCAGCUUCUCCAGUCUCUCAUAUUGGACCACAAGCUGAGAGUCCAGACAGACUUGGACCGGAAGAAGUUAGAGUACUUUGAGGGAAAAUGUGAAUUAGUCUUACAGAAGAUCAAGUCUGAGAUGGUGGAAAUUCAGCUGGACAUGUACACAGUGGACUCGAUAGCUGCUCAUAGAAAAAUAAGAGAGAAGCUGGAGUCUGAUCUGAAGGCCUGUCAGGUGGAGAAGCAAUCCGUUGAGCUAAAACUGGCCUCCUUUGAGAUCUUGGGCAAAGAGUUUGAGGCCUUGGCUGAGGAGUACUGCAGAUUACGGCAGAAGAUAGAGAUGAAUAAUUGGGCUCUGAAGGAGUUCAGCCAGUGCAACUACAAGUGAAGAUCUAGAUCUGAUGCUGGGACAACAGCCAGCCAUUCCCUUUCUGCAGUGUGUCAUUGCUCACAAUGGCAUGUUGGCUUUUGGAUGCUUGACACAGAAACUGUGUGGACUUUUGGCAAACAGGAACUAUGUAGCGUGUACAGUAGUGAGCGAACUAACUGAAGGAUUUCAAUACAGCUCCUAACUUAAGAAUGCAAAUUCUGCAUCUUCAUUACA